GCGGAUUCAGCCCAGCGGUCCAUCAAGUCCAGUAGCGUGCCUCACACAGGGGCUAACCGGAUCGGUUGCAUCCUUCCCCUUAUCUGCCUUCUUCAGCCCGUAUUUGAAUGGAACGAAAUUAAUGAAUUUAAUUAGUCUGAGUUUUUCUUGUCAUGGUCAGAUAGAAAAGCAACAGCCAGUCAAAAAAUAAUGCCGGCAUUGUACGUGGAUAUACUAGAAAACGUUUGUGCGUACAAAACCAGGUGGUGCGACAUGGAGAUGAGAUUGCACGGUACUGAAUAAUAGAUGAUGCCCCGGCCGGGCGGGCAACCCCAGAGAUUGCUUUGACUCUCCGAGGAGGACUUAACGUGGAGUUCAGAAGAUCUUGGACGCUUCAAGCAAAGCUGUGUGCCUGUCGGUCUCUGUUUCCUACUCGAUGAAUCCACCUCUUAUUUUCUAGCAGGGCAACUCGAGACUUCGGACUCCCCCUUAGACCGUUGAUUGUAGCUGGGAGGGAGCCUAGAUCGACAUACGGGGGUGAAGUGGCCAAUGAGAAAGCGACUUGGACACCGCCAUCGCGGACGGGCAAGCUCAAGGGCCAAUAGGCGUGAGAAGGCGGGGUUUAGUGGAGGGGACUCGCGGCCAACACCGGUAGCUCGUGUCAUUCCCGGUCGGGUAACGCGGCGGCAACGCUGAGCGGGGAGUAGUACGAGAGGAAGAGGGCUGCGGCAGCGUUGUGAGGGCAGGGCUGUGCCUGUGAAAUGAGACCAUGACAACUGAUGAGGCUACAAAGAAGGAAGGAGAGGUCCAAACAGCAACUCUUGCUCAACAAGGCGAGGAUAUCACACCAAACAAAGAUCAAGGUGUUCUGAAGAUUGUGAAGAGACCAGGGAAUAAAGAUGAAUCUCCUAUGAUUGGAGACAAGGUUUAUGUCCACUACAAAGGGAAGCUGGCCAAUGGGAAAAAGUUUGAUUCCAGCCGUGAUAGGAAUGAACCAUUUGUCUUCAGCCUGGGCAAAGGCCAGGUCAUUAAGGCAUGGGAUAUUGGGAUUGCCACCAUGAAAAAGGGAGAGAUUUGCCACUUGCUGUGUAAACCAGAAUAUGCAUAUGGUUCUGCUGGCAGUGUUCCUAAAAUCCCCUCCAAUGCAACACUCUUCUUUGAGAUUGAGCUGCUUGAUUUCAAAGGAGAAGAUUUAUUUGAGGAUGGAGGCAUCAUCCGUAGAAUUAAAAAGAAAGGUGAAGGAUACUCCAACCCCAAUGAAGGAGCUACUGUACAAAUCCAUUUGAAAGGAUUCUGUAGUGGUAGAAUGUUUGAUUGCAGAGAUGUAGCAUUUACUGUUGGAGAAGGAGAAGACCAUGACAUUCCCAUUGGAAUUGACAAAGCUCUGGAAAAGAUGCAAAGGGGAGAAUACUGUAUCCUGCAUAUUGGAGUACCAUAUGGAUUUGGUGAAGCAGGAAAACAUAAAUUUGGCAUAGAGCCAAAUACUGAACUUGUAUAUGAAGUUACACUGAAAAGCUUUGAAAAGGCCAAAGAAUCUUGGGAGAUGGACACCAAAGAGAAACUUGAGCAGGCUGCCAUUGUCAAAGAGAAAGGAACUGUGUACUUCAAGGAAGGCAAGUACCCUCAAGCAGUGAUUCAGUAUGGGAAGAUUGUAUCCUGGCUAGAAAUGGAAUAUGGCUUAUCAGAAAGGGAAUCAAAAACUUCAGAGUCCUUAUUGCUGGCAGCCUUCCUCAACCUUGCCAUGUGCUACUUGAAGUUACGGGACUAUGCUAAGGCUAUUGAGUAUUGCAAUAAGGCAUUGGCAUUGGACCAGGCCAAUGAAAAGGGCUUAUACAGAAGAGGUGAAGCACGACUACUAAUGAAUGAAUUUGAAUUGGCACGAUGUGACUUUCAAAAAGUUCUAGAUGUGAAUCCGCAAAACAAGGCUGCGAAGUCACAGAUCACAGUGUGUCAAAAGAAGAUGAAGGAACACAAUGAUCGUGAUCGAAAGAUAUAUGCCAACAUGUUCAAGAAAUUUGCAGAGAGAGAUGCAAAGGAAGAGGCCAGUAAAACCACAGGAGAGAAGGGAGACCCAGCGUCUUCUGAAAUUGGGCUAGAGAAGACAGUAACUGAAGGCAAAGAAUCAGAAGGCCAUGUAUGACUGCAUGGCAGAAAGACAAUCCUCCUAAACUCAGCCUGCACUCAAACAGGUUUCUGAAGAACUCAGAAUGCAACAGUGUUUAUUGUAAAGCUUGUUACAGUAGGCAUCAUUGUGGAAGCAAAAAGCCUAUCCAGCAGCUUCACAAGAAACUAUCAAAUCAUCAUUACUGUUAUGAGCAUGCUCAGCAGUGGAAUGAGUAGAGGGACAGUGUGGGACCACUCCAAGUGGAACAAAUGGUUUAAAAACAACAACACCACAAUGGCUAGAGAAGUUUGUUUUUACUGCAAUGGUUCAGUAGAACUCCAGUUUGCAUCAGAUCUCCAGACAGUGACCAGGGCUCCAUAAAAUGAGUUAGCAUAUUUAGGAACUGUCUGCUGAAUAAUUUUGGCAUUGCGUUUGGUUGUACUAUAGUAGCACCACAUGGAUUGUAUGUUAUCUGUCUUUUUAAAAAAUCCACAAAGUGCUAUCACCAGUAGGCAUUGUUCUAGAAUCAAAUGGAGAACAUUUUUAUGGACUUGAAAGCCAGACUCCCAGGAUCUUGUUAUCUUAGAUUUCAAAUGGGAUUUUGUAUCACAAACUGGUUUCUUGGGAAGCUCAAUAGUUUUAUUCUUAACUGAUUGCUUGCUGGAAACAGCCCUUCCCCUGAUGUUUGUGCAUUGCAGUAGCAUACAUACCAACUUGUGUACAAGUGUAUUUCUUCUCUCCCUGCUCUUCCAUUGGCCAAAUAAGAUGAUUAGCAUUGUUGGUUUUGAUAGUGCUAGAAACCUACUUUGGGGGGAUGGUGGACACCUGUAUUGAAUUAGGUGCCCUCUUCUCCCCCUCCCCCCACUGGAAGGUGACAAGGAUAUCCACAGAUCUGUCAUGCUAAACUGGGGCAAAUUUAUGCAGUGAUGGACUUAUUUACAGCAUACUUACACCUUUCUAAAGGGUAUUUGGGAUUCCUCUUCUGAAAUACUGCAGUAUCAUUGAUUGGGAUAUAACAACAUUUCUUUUCAAUAAAUUAUUAGCUCUUCUAACAAUG